AUGUGUAUAUUAUUUACCGCUGCUUCUGGUGGUGAUUCCGCCUCUUUUUACCCUUUUCUUUUAUUAUUAUUACUAUUAUUAUUAUUAUUAUUAUUAUUAUUAUUUGCUUUCUCCGCCCCUUUUUUCCCUCUCUCCACGGAAAGGAAGGGAACACGAAGGGAACGACGCAUGAAGCACGUGGUGGGCGGGGUGUUGCGAAUGCAGCGCUGCGUCGCGUCACUCGCAGGAACGGCAUUUUUUGGCCACUUACGGGGCCCAUCACAAACCCUCGCGCUCGGUUGCAGCUCCCGUGCGUACAUGAUGUCGGCCACCCCGUGCUGCCUCGGGAGACGAAUCAAAGGCAAACGCUCACGGCACCGCGAGCCCGCCGAAGGCGACUGGUUGUGUCAGUGCGGCGAACUGAAUUACAAGUCAAAGCGAGAGUGCUUCAAAUGUGGCGCUCCCGCACCUCCGCUUCCGCCCGGUGUUCGGCGGCCAUCGCUGCCCGGAGAAGACCCCCACGACUGGGCGUGUCCCUGCGGCCAGAUGAACUUUAGGGGAAGUGUUGUGUGUCAUAAGUGCCUGCAACCCAAACCGGCGCCCCCGCCACUCCCCGGAAAGGAGGUGACGCUGUGGACGUGCCCCAAGUGCAAGGGAGUCAACAGAAGCAUUAGAAAUUACUGCUUCAAAUGCUCCGCACCGUCCCCAUUACUCACAUUUAAACCCGUCGUGUAG